GGACGCGACAGAGGAAGGAGAAAAAAAACCCAACCAUCAGCGCGCUAGCGGAGUGGGGUCACGAACUAUGACCUUUAACAGAAGAAAACCAAAACAAAUAUUUUAUAAAAUAGCAGAGAGACCUAAAUCUGUGACCACCGUUUCUGCGAGUGCGUGUGACCUCCCUCUAAACAGACCUCACUAAUGACCUUACAUCAUCAUGACGACCAACCUGAAUCUGCUCUCUCAGCAGAAAGUGGAGUCUGAGCAGGCAGCAGAGGUGUCAGUCUCUCCCUCAGAUUCAGUAAUGAGUGGAUCUCCGCAGCGCUUUCAGGUCAUUUCCACUGAGCCUGCCACAACGCCACAGCGGAUACAGAUUGUAACUGACCAGCAGACAGGUCAGAAGAUCCAGAUAGUGACAGCAAUGAACCCGUCCAGUACUCCCAAGCAGCAGUUCAUUCUGACUACAGCUGACAGCUCAGGAGCGGGCAAGGUUAUCCUGGCCUCACCAGACAGCCACAACACCAAGCAGCUCAUCUUUACUGCUGCAGACAGCCUGAUGCCGGGAAGGAUACAGAUUGUCACAGAUCCAGUGUCAAUGGAACGGUUACUAGGGCAGUCUGGGGAUUUGAGCCGACCCCAGCCGGUGGAGUACUGCGUGGUGUGUGGAGACAAAGCGUCAGGACGCCACUAUGGAGCGGUCAGUUGUGAAGGAUGUAAAGGGUUCUUUAAGCGGAGUGUGAGAAAGAACCUGACCUACAGCUGCCGCAGUAAACAGGAUUGUGUCAUCAACAAACACCACCGUAAUCGCUGCCAGUUCUGCCGGUUGAGAAAAUGCCUUAAAAUGGGAAUGAAGACUGAGUCUGUACAGAGUGAGAGAAAGCCUAUAGACAUUGUGCCCAGAGAGAAACAUGCCAACUGUGCUGCCUCCACCCAGAAGAUCUACAUCCGCAAGGACUUAAACAGUCCACUCAUCGCCACACCUACCUUUAUUUCUGAUACAGAGACAGAUGGCUCCAGAUCCAGCCUGUUGGACCAGGGGAUGCUGGUUAAUAUUCAGCAGCCUGUUAUUCAGACAGAUGGAACUUUACUAUUGGCAACUGACUCAAAGAUGGAGUCUGGACAAGGAGACCUAGGGACAUUAGCCAAUGUCGUGACAUCGUUGGCCAACCUCAGUGAUUCAUUAAAAGACAACCUAAACAAUGGUGAUACCUCAGACAGCCAAAAUGAAGAACAAUCUGCCACCGAGAUAACACGUGCCUUUGACACUCUGGCCAAAGUCCUGAACCCAUCUGAAACGGAAGUGGCAGAGAAGUCGCAGUGUGUCAGUGGAACAACCAUCCAGCUGAUUGGUCGAGACCAGGAGACCCCUAUCAUUGAGGUGGAGGGGCCACUGCUCACAGACAGCCAUGUCAGCUUUAAGCUGACAAUGCCCAGCCCCAUGCCUGAGUAUCUGAAUGUACACUACAUCUGUGAGUCAGCAUCCAGACUCCUCUUCCUCUCCAUGCACUGGGCUCGCUCCAUCCCGGCCUUCUCAGCUCUUGGGCAAGAAGCGAACACCAGCUUGGUGAGAGCCUGCUGGAAUGAGCUGUUCACUCUGGGUCUCGCUCAGUGCGCUCAUGUGAUGAACCUGUCAACCAUCCUCUCUGCCAUCAUCAACCACCUUCAAAGCAGCAUCCAGGAUGACAAGCUUUCAGGGGACAGAGUGAAGCAGGUGAUGGAGCACAUAUGGAAGUUCCAGGAGUUCUGCAACAGUAUGACAAGGUUGGAGACGGACAGCUACGAAUAUGCCUACCUAAAGGCUAUAGUGUUGUUCAGCCCCGAUCACCCAGGUGUGGAUAGUAGUGGACAAAUUGAGAAGUUCCAGGAGAAAGCCCUGAUGGAGCUGCAGGACUAUGUGCAGAAGACGUAUCCAGAUGACACCUACAGGCUGACCCGCAUCCUGACGCGUCUCCCGGCUCUUCGCCUCAUGAACUCAAGCAUCACAGAGGAGCUCUUCUUCACCGGCCUCAUCGGCAACGUCUCUAUUGACAGCAUCAUUCCCUACAUCCUGAAAAUGGAGACAGCUGAGUACAACAGCCAAGACUCCGACCCGACAGAAUGACACCACAGCACUCCAGCAGCUUAAGCAAAGAUUGUGUGAGUCUCCACUUCAGGUACUUUUGUCUAUAAAGGGUUUAUUGUUGAAGCUCAGUUCAUUAUCCUGCAGUGCCCCGCUGUUCUCUAGCGAUGCAUGGUGCAAAGUCUGUUCAGGAAUCCAUAGUAGUUUAGGAUAAUCUGGCACUCAGACGCCAGGAUGACACUUGGAAUGUUUUCUGGAGGUGGUGCAGAGUGGAAGUCUGGAGUUUCUGACCUAAAUUCAGCGCCUCUGAGCUGAAUUAAAAAAAAACAAAAGCUAAAAGAUGCAGCUGCGCUCGCCUCCUUUUCUGUCUGCGUAGCAUUUCAAGUUGACAUGUGAACGUAACCAUUUGAUCUAAGGCCUGCCAGUUGUUUUAGUCUUACUCACACCUAACUACUCUUUCAUGUUAAUCACAUACAUGAACACUAGCAUUUGUUUCUUGAAGAUACUAACAAGCACAGGCCUUAAUCUGAAAGUCUAAUGAAAAAUAUUUUUACUCAUCAUCUGGAAGUCUCUAACCUUCACUUAAAACUUGCAUCUGCUUAUGUUUUUGCACACAUUGUGAAUUUAUAUUGAUAUAUUAAAUGACUAAGAAAUAGAACAAUUUAGGGUUUUAAAAAAGGUGUGAAAAGAAGUGUGACUUUUCUAAAUACUCUGUAACAAAGGACUAAAACAUGCUUUGUAAUGCUUUGUCAGUUGUCACACAAUUUGCUUGAAAAUUGUUGAACAGUACAGCUUUCUAUUCUAAAUAAGUCAAAAUAAUUAAGUUAUGACUCAGUCUAGAAAUAACACGGUGUACUUAUAACAACUAUCAGUCCUUAAAAUGUGAAGUGUUCAUGGAACUGAGCUGCUUUUAAUUUGAGGUCGUUUUAACAGUUCAUGUUUUAUUCACGUUUCCAUAACUACUUCAGCCCACUUAGACACUCAACCACAUAUCUUUUUUUAUACAGACUGGCAUCUCAGAGAUUUUACUUUUGGGAUAAAAUAUACCGUUACUUCCAGAUUAGAAGGCGACUACGUUUAUCAUAUGUGCAAUCACCUUCAUCACUUUUCCCUUUAUGACAAUCACAUGUGUGUUACUUCCUUUUGCCUCAUCAUUGCUGUUAUUGUCGAUCUACAUUUUGUAUCUAUGUGUAUUUAUCAAUGGCAACGUUAUGUUUUUCACGGAUGAUCUUUAAGAUUUGGGUUCAGAUAUGGUACUUAUGUGUAGCUAUGCUACUGUUUUUGUACAUGUAUUUGCUUUUGUAUCUGGCUAAGUGCACAUUAAUCAGCUUUUGUGGCAAUUCACUGCAUUCAUGCUGACUAAACUUUGUGUUUUAUAUGUUUUUUAAAAACUUUAAAAUUGAUUUGUUAUAAACAAAUUUGCUUGUUGCAUACUAAGUGUACUUAAAGUACUUUUGGGCAGGUGUCCCUGAUAUGAAAAAGGUGAUGUUGUGGAAAACCCCUCUGGACUGUAUCGAUGUCUUGAAGACCAUGUGGAGACACAUCAGCACUUGUAUAAUGGUUCAGGAGAAUCAUCCACAGCAGCAUGAGUACAACUGGGGAUGUAAAGAAGUAAACAAUGAUUAUGUCUUGUGAAGUAAAUGUCAAUUGUAAUAUUUGGGUUUAAAACUCAUACAUGCUAUUUGUAAAGGCACUUGUGUGAAAUGACCUUUUUACAUGUAAUUUCAUGAAAUGAGUGCAUGUGUUCUUUGUUUUUUUAACGGGCUCACUGUCUAUAGACGAAGGAGCGUAGUUAUAAUUUUAUAGUGCAUUGCAGUGCAUGAAGAAGUUGCUUAAGUGCAUUUUAUUAAAUGCUGUAUGAAAAAUGUUGAUUUUUAAAUGUUGUGGCUUUAAAAUAUUAACUCUGAGCAGUUCCACCAUGACAUGAUAAAUGGAUGAUAUUUUUUCCAGCUUUUUGGAUAGCAUAUCCUACGGUUAAAGUUUUUUACAUGUUAAUAUUGGUUUUCUUUCUGCAAUGUAAAAUGUAUUUCUUCAACCAUUUAAAUUCAAACAAAAGUCAUGUUUUGCGCAACUUUAUCAUAGCCCUACAUUUUCUACCUCACACCGAUUUAAGAUAUAAAACAAAUGUAUUAAUGACUGAGCUCCUGUAUCAGCAUUCCAGUCUCGGAGGUGGCUUCUCUGAAGCCAAACAUAAGAAAGAAAUAAACAGUUAUUCAUGAGAAAUAA